CACCGUCGGUGAAAUUGCCACGUCGAUACUGAACUCUCCUGUCCCCGAGGAAACGAUCCUCACGUUCAAACACGGCGUCGGUUAAUACGAACUACGAGCCGAAGAGCAGAGCCCGUUUGCGCGAACCACCGAUCGUACCCGAAACAUUGUCGCUGCCGUCGCCGGCGUGGCGGGGGCGACGAUGCCGCACACAGUGACACAUUCGAAUUCGCACCAGUUGGACCCAUCGUGGUCGACCUGGACUUUCGUACUGGGCGUCCGUGCGAACAUAUGAUAAAUGUAGAACUCGCUGUACCCCGCCUUUUUCUUUUUUCCUUUCUUUACUUUUCGUUCGGCCCCCCUCCCCACUCUACGAGAUACUCCUCCCCCACGACACUCCACUAGCUGCUUGCUACUCGUCACGUGGCUACCGUCAUUCCGUUCGUGCAUCGAGUCAUCGUCCAUGUGCUCUGCGCGAGGAUACCAGUGUCGGCGCUCGACGACGACUAACUGGAGGGAGACGCAUGUCGUCGGAACUUAACGCACGGCGUGUUUAUCAUUCCGGUACAGUUCGUCCCGAGUUCGUCACGUAUACUGUUUUUCAAUUCGGACAGCAAGAAAGUGAAACGCGAUAUCGGGGAUAGACUUUCGUGGCGCGCGCGUAAGCGCGUGUACGCGCGCAUAUAUGAACGCGGUAUCAUCGACACAGUGUAUCGCGUGUGACGUGGUUCCCAUUCGUCGCUCGCGUUCUACGGACAGUGAUUAUUUUAUUUUACGAGUGAUUGAAGCGAAAAAGGAAUGCGUCUUGCCUAUUAACAAGGAAGACGAGCGAACAGCAAGUGCGACAGUGGGGUAGAGACUGAAAGACAAUAUGAGUGAAAUGACGAGUGUCGAACAGCAGCAGCAGCAACAACAGUACGUGGGUGGAACUUCGAAUCCUGAGCUUCAUUGCAAGGAUUGCGGUCUUAAUUUCGAAGGUGAAAAAAGUCUCGAAGUGCACCUGCGAUACCACCAAGAGAACCUGUUGACCCAGUGGGCCAACCAAGCCCAACAGGAGGAGAGUAACAAUAAUAAUAGCAAGGCCGGCAAUCACAACAAUCACGUGGGCGUUAAACGCGAGAGCGUAACCGCGCUGGCGGACUCGAGCGAGUCUACCUCGAGGCCGCCCUCUCAAGACCCGUCGUCUUCACAGCAAUCAUCGCAACAGCAGCAGCAGCAGCAGCAGUCGUCACAACAGCAGCAGCAGCAGCAACAGCAGCAGCAACAACAGCAGCAGCAGCUGCAACAGCAGCAGCUGCAGCAACAACAGCAGCAACAGCAGCAACAACAACCGCAGCAAUCAGCCGGUCAGAGUUAUAAUCAUUACCAGCCACCGAUGUUCAGUGAAGCAAGUUAUUUCAUGCAGAACGAACCGGCAUUUAUUUUGCCCCAUCAUUACUCUCCGCCGCAAGAGGAUACGCAAAAUAAUGGCGGGGGUAGUGGUGGUGGCAGCGGUGGUGGAGGAUACGCGCGCUAUCAUCCGUAUCAACACCAGCAGCAUUUUCCAACGGAGCGAACGGGUUCUGUCAGUUCUACCAGCCCGAGGAGUCCGCCCCUUCAGUGUGAGAAAUGCGGUGCAGUGUACGAGGAUGCGAAUCAACUGGGUGAACAUGUGCGAACGAGUCAUACGGACUCGCCCGGCGGAUAUCCCGGGCAGCAUCAGUAUCAGCAGCUCGGUAACAGUCCGCAACAGCAGAACCAGCAAUCACAGCAGCAAAUGCAUCCGUCGCCGCCGCAUUCGAAUCAGCAGCAGCAACAGCCGCAACAGUCCGGCUACGAUUACAACAGCGGGCAAACAGUGAAAACGGAAGUGAAACAGGAACCAGAGGAACAGGCAGAGAUUCUCGAUCUCGAUUCGCACAAGGUGCAGACGCACAGGUACGAGGAGGAGCUGAUGAGGCUUCACCAGCAGCAGCAACAACAGGAGCUGCAGAUGCAAAUGCAUCAACAGCAGGUGAUGCAACAACACCAGCAGCAACAACGCACCGGAGCGCACUCGGUGAGUUCUAUGCUGGGUUGGCCGCCGGCCGCCCAGCCACACGAUUAUCAUCCGGGAUUAUCGCCCAUGGGGCCCAUGGAAAAUAUCGCGCCUCUACCGGAUCAGAGUCAAUUCAUGCGCGGGCAGCAUAUGACGGUAGAAUCAUCGCGACAUCCGGGUUCACCCAUUAUCACUAGUACGCAACCGAUGCCCGGACAUCAGUUGCCCGCUGGGCUUCUCCAGCAGCCGCCGAAACCGCCGCCGUUGGCUAAUCAAUCGUGGAAAAGUAACGAGGCGCGGCGACCAAAGACGUACAACUGUACCGCAUGCAACAAGUGGUUCACCAGCUCGGGCCACUUAAAGAGGCACUAUAAUACGACUCUGCACAAAAACGCGGUGAAACAGAGCAACCAGCCGGACCCGGCGAAUAUGCCAAUCAGUGCCCAUCAUCAUCCCGGCAGAGACAACCAUACGACCGGUGGCCGCGGCAGUGGAUCGUCCAGAUCGCCGGAGCUAUCUUCUUCAGGGAGUCCCCCAAACUUGAUGGCAGGUCCCUCGGGAGAGGCGGCGAGGGGCCUGCUCCACACGCCCACCAGUCUCUACAACAACAGCAACAAUUCCAACAACAACAGCAACAGCAGCACCAGCAGCGAAUCUUCGGCGGCAGCGGCUCUAACGCAGCACCAGCAGCAACAACAGCCGCAGCAACAGCAGGCGGCUUCGGGGGUGCACUUGGGCACCACAAUGGUAGCGCCGCUCAAUUCCCCGGUUCAAUCGCCGCUGGCAGGCCACCAUCAGCAACAAAUGGGUUCCCCGUCCUCCCAGCUGGGUCACCAGCAGCCACAGCAACAGCAGCAAAUUCAUCACCUGCCAAUGGGUUCGCCCUCGGCCCAGCUUCCGGUGCAACAUCCCAUGAGUUCGCCCAUAUCGCCCAUGCACCCACCGUCGGCGCCCCACCUGAGUUCCACUUCGCCAAUGGGCUCGUCCCACCCGCACCACAUGAGUUCGCCGUCAACCAUAACGCCGGGCUCGGUCCACCCAGCAAUGGCUUCGUCCACGGCGAUGGGGGGUACUACGAUGCCUCAUCAGCCGUACCCAAACGCCUUGCCCCCCCACGUUAUAACUACUACCAACAUCCCGGACCUGCUGGAGUCUAUCACCAUCCAGCUAACUACUAUUGGUGAUGAGAUUCCCUCUUUGCCACAUACCGGGCAAUCUCAGGGCCAAUCGCAGCAACAUCUUCAACAGCAACUGCAGCAGCAACUUCAGGAUGUUUUACCCGGUUUCGGGACUUUCAGCAACCAUCAGAGGUCCCUGAUUAGUUUCACGCCGUUCGACGUGAACGGGUAUUUGAUCGGCCAGAACCAACCGCAGGCCAUUAACGUGGGGGGGCUAAGUCCAGAGGAGAACCCAUCUCCUCAAAACAGAUCUUUCGAAUCGUCAGAGUCGAAGUACAAUCCGUACACGAGUUCACCGCCCCGUUACGAGUCACUGGCGAACGUACAGGUCAAUACGCAGACGAACACCGACGGCAUGAUCGUUAAGCAGUACGAGGUCCAGACGAAUCAACAUCACCGUCUGUCGCAAUUGCUUCAACGAACGCGAAACGAGCUGGAGGCGAACAAUAAUCUGCCUCAGGUGAUCCAGGCGAAGGAGGAACUGAAUCCGAACGUCGGCAGGCAGUUUGAGAAAAAUACGAAGCCGAAGCCUAGCCCGGAGAUAACCAAGGAGCAUCAGGUGACCAGCACCAAUACCGGCUCGCACUAUAUUUCCCAGGAUGGCUUUCAUAAGUGCAUCGAGUGCGACAAGGUCUUCAACAAGGCCUGCUACCUGACGCAACACAACAAGAGCUUCCACUCCGGCGACAAGCCGUUCAAAUGCAAUCAAUGCGGCAAGAGGUUCCCCCUCGAGUACCUGCACGCGGAGCACCUGCAGAAGCACGCCGGCGACAAGCCGUACAAGUGCGAGAUAUGCCCCAAGCAGUUCAACCAUAAAACUGACCUCAGGCGGCACCUGUGCCUCCACACUGGCGAAAAGCCGUACGCCUGUGAUACUUGCGGCAAGGGAUUCAUCAGGAAGGACCAUAUGAUGAAGCACGUUGACACGCACAAAAAGAAGAACAAUCACCACAGCGUUCAUUUGCGGGCGUGAUCCGCGUGGAGUUCGAAGAUCGGGGACUGGGCAUCAGCAACAGACGUGUUAUCGGGAGCCUGUGCUAUACGUGAUUACGAGACGACGAAACAAGGUCAGACCGUCCUCCGAUUGGUAAGGCAAUAUUGUGAGAUCAUCGUACUUUAAAAAUAAGCAGAGAGACUUAAAGACUCGACUGCAUUACCUUUUAGAUUGUGAUGAAGUUCGUAAUUUAUUCUAAUACUUUUUUGGUUAAAUAGGAAUCAAAAUUUGAAACGACGACGUGAAUCCUUUUUUUUUUGAAAAAUAUUCACGCCGUCAUUUCAAAUUUCCUUUUGAUUCCCAUUUGAAAUAUCAGUUUUCCAUUGAUCGCGACAUUACCCUUGUUCGAGAGUAUCGACCAAUGUCUUUAGCCGGUAAUAACGGUCGAAAGGAUAUUAGUUUUUUGCUCAAACAUACGUUUAAUUUGACUUCGAAUCAUGAUUGUUUCGACAAGAAAAUUUUGCAUGUGGAAAUCGCGACGCGUUUAACAGGCUUUUUCAGAGAUAAUCAGAUUUCGUCUGCCUUGAGAAUCUAAAAUCGACCGCUGAUCGACGAUUUUAAGUAACGCGAUACGCGGAGUCGAUCAUGAGAAAUCGACGAGCGAUUAUUUUCUCUAUAUUCCCUCGCUGAUUGCUCGACUUCAUGGAUCGCGACUUCUUUCACGGGUCGAAACGGAGCCCGGUAACGCGAUCGCGAAACCGCGAGACUUUCGGCAAAGUCGAAGAACAAGACUUUUGAAUGAUGAUAAUAAUAAUAGAUCGGAAAAGUAAAAACUGGAAAGAAAAUUUAAAAAAAAGAAGAAACGCGCAAUGGAAAUUUCUGAUGCGAUGUAAAACCUUUGAAGCUUAUGAAUUGUACAAAAUAUGUUAAUUGUAUAAGCUUAAGGAUUACAUGUCAUUGUAAUUAUUAAAUUUAAUUGAAUAUUCUCUAGAAAAUGAUUAUGGACUCUAAUCAUAAUACUCGUGUUUUAUAGCGUAAGAUUAUCGAGGAUGAACGAAAUGAAAACGAGAGUGAUUGAUAAAUGAUUAAUCGCGAAAGGACGCGGCGACGCUCGCGCGAUUUCGUCGAAUCAUCACGAACAUCGUUAUUUUUGCAAUUAUCUUUUGUUUUAUAAUUAUUACUUUUUAAGAUUUGUAUUUCUUAUAUUGAUUUUAGAUAUUGAAGAGGGUCGAGAGAUGAUACCGCAGUAUCUCCUCAUUUAUUCUCUUAUAGUUAAUAAUAACGAAAACUAGAAGUAGUAUGUAGUUAUGACGAGUCUCUCGACGCGCUCUUUUCGUCACAUUCCUUGCGUAUUUUUUCAUACAUUCCAGUUUCGCAGUGUGAACGACUUAUCGCGUCGGCGUCGCGUCAUGUUCCUUUCUUUUUUGUAUAAACGUUAGAAUUUUUAAUAAUAGCCUAAGUUACGAAUUGCACGUUGCUCGUAAUGAACCUCGCUCGUGUCGUUCACCCCCCAGUUAAAGAAAGUAACUACGGGAUUUUAAUCAAGCAUAGUUCAUUGAUAUGAGCUCCUCUUAUCUCGAUUUAUACUUCUCAAAUUUUACUAUCUAUUUUAACGAAAAAUUGACGAGAAAUAACAUUUACAUUUCGAAAUCAUUGAACGCGAUUGCAAAUAAUUUAAGAUGAUCAUAAGUGACGCGAUCAUCGACAUCGUCAAAUUCUCGCAUCGCCUGUAAUUGCAUGGCACGAAUAAUUGGUGCCCGAUUGAUCGGCCACGAAAACGAGGCAAUCACCGGGAUCGUAUCGGGCCUCUCGUCUCUCGUGACACGAGCGAAUUUCCCUUCGAGCUACGCACAGCUCGUUACACUUACAAACACACCGGUAUACAUACAAGUACACAUAUUACACACGCAGCGAGUAAACGUUGACCAUCCGCGUAAUGCAAUUCAUGUAUAUUCAUAAUACCUCUUAACUACCGUUUGAUUAAUUAUUUAAUGAAAAUCGAUUGAUCAAAUAAUAAUGGAGGCGAAUAAAAAUCGUGCGUUAACACGCCGGGGAAUAAUAAUCACGCGUCGUGUUAACGCUUAAUUUUUAUCAUUAUAUCUGUGUCAAUAUUUAAUCGACCAGUUUUCACUAAAUAAUUAAUCAAUCGGUUACGAGGUAUUACGUUGAACAGAUAUUCGAAUCAGUUUGUUCCCGUUUCUGAUUGUUAUUGUUGUGAUUACCUUUGCCAUUACGCGCACAGUGUCGAUCGACUUGUUUCCUUGUUAUGAUCCUUUAACGCUAUAACCGUUUCGUUUGUACAUUUUCAAAUAGAUUAUUGUUCCUCGAUAUUCUAUUGCAUUGUUUAAUUGGUAAUCGGAAGUAUUGCUCAAAAUAGUUUUUCUAAUAGACGAAAUAGAUGUUUUCAUACUGUACGUGAAUCAACUGUGCAAUGAUUCGCCUGUUAUUAAGUAUGCAGUAUUAUUUCUCAGCCUUUGUUCAAAUUUCAUCUGUUCCUUAAUUAUCUUGAACAAUAGAUAUAAUAAUAAUAAUCUUACUCAGAAGAAAAUUGUUCAGCCACGACACGUACAAGUACACUUAUACACACAGCUGUAACGUCCUUUCACGAGUAUUUCGAUCGUCUUUCAGUUGUUUAGUAUGAAAGGAAGUUAAAAAGAAAGAGAAAUAAAGUUGACGAAGAAAUGAUGACGUGAAAGCGAGAGAAAAAUAAGACGAUAAAUUAUAAAGCACUCUUGCCAUUUUUACUACGUAACGACACCCAGAACAGACUACCUCAGAGUUCAGGAAUUUAACGAUGAAUGAAAGGAAGAAAGAAAUGAUGAAAGAGCCAAUGCAAUAAUAAUAAUAAUGUUAUUAAAAGAAGAAAAACUUAGCUGAACGCGCAUCCGCGCGGGUGGAACGAUGUACUUAAUCGUUUCUGUCUCAGAUUAUCGUUCGAAAAUAAAAAUUUUUUCGUACGUCACAUUCACAAAUACAAUUUUAUCAUUCAUAAUUUGUCGUUUUUACAAAAAUACAUAGAGACACAGCUUCGCUUCUUGCCUUAUUUCUGCUGUAAAGUUCCUCGAACCGCCCGCCGGUCGUAAGAGCGUGUAAUAGAACAUUAUACAUAUAGAUAUAUACGAACCGCCAAUUUCAUAUUAACCGUACUCUCCCCUCUCGCUCUUAUUCUCCAUCUCUCUCCCGUUUAUUAUUAUUUUAAUAUAAUAUCCAAUAUAUUAUUCUAAUAUAAACGGAAGAAAGAUACAGAAUAAGAGCGAGAGGAAAGGAUACGAUUAGUAUGGAAUGGACGGUUCGUAAAUCGAUGUACUUUAUAGAGACAUAUCAAACAGUAUUACUGUAAACUCAGUUUUAAUAUUAAAUAAUUGUGUAAAUCUAAAUGAAAGGAGAAACGACGAAGAGAAGGGAUAAGAUUGGCAGGCUGUAGUGAGACGCGUUUGAUGAAAUCAGAUCAGCGAAUGAUCGCGAGAAUUAUACAUAUUUCCAACGUCAUAUCAUACCAUAAAUCGCCUCACGGGAUCUUCACGGUCAAUUUCUCUUAUCACGUUUAGUAAACGCGUUUGCUUCUUGCAGUACGAACAUGUACUGCGAGAGGCAAUACUGCGUUUUACUAAACGUGAUAACAAAAAUUGAGGGUAAAGACUCCGUGACGCGAUUUAUCUCACGUGUUUUCAGCGAAAGAACGCGGAACAUAUCGCGUCACAUACAUUUGCACAUCACAGAGGGCAUUAAUCUAUAUAUGAAAUAAAUAUACAUAGAGUAAUGGUGAUUUCGCGAGCGACGACGAAGCGGCGAAAUAUAUUUCUCUAGAUUUGUUUUUAGACAAGACGCUUGUCUCUUGUAUUAUUACUAUUAUUAUUGUAUUAUUAAUAAUAUUAUUAUUGUAUUAUUAUGUAAUAAAAACUACUGCUAUUAAAGACAGCGCGCAAAAUCGUUAGUAUUUUUAAACACGUUCCGUGAGCGCGUUUUCGUGCGAGAGCAUGUUUGUAAUUGUAAAAUAGUUGUUCCCGCACACAAGUGCAAAAUACAUAUACAUAUAUAUGAUGUAUAAAUAUAUAUAUAUAUAUGUACACAUCAUAUAUACGUAUAUACAUAGUAUACAUACGUAUACAUAUGUGUAUAUAUAUACACACGGUACCAAACUGUCGUUGGUUGUGCCAAAAAAGAUAAGAGAAACGAAGAGACGAGACGAGAUGUAAUAGAACCUUGUGUGCUUCCUCUCACGUGUGAUUCUAAUUUCAUGGGCAUUUGACAGAAGUAAAAGGUAAAAAUAGAAUGACAAAAAUGUAAAUGAAAGAGAGAAGAGGAUAGGAAGAUAAAACAGGUUUCUAUAAGUAAAAAUGAUUGUAAAAAAAAAAAAACAAAUAGUUCAUGAGCGUGCCGGAAUGCGUGCGUCCGUGAGCGAGAAAAGAGAGCGUGUAUGUGUGGACCAUUGCGUGAGAGAAGGGCGAGAUCGAAGAGAAAGACGCCGAGGGAAAGGGAAAGUGGAAGGAAUUCUUAUUCGAUAAUAACAAGCAUUUCCGCGCAUACCCAUUCCUCAUUUUGUGCCAUAAUGAACGCGUGUUGAAUAAAAAUUUGUAAAGAUUUUUGUUUUUGAUAGGUUUAGAGAAUAUACGUGAAUGCGUGGUGUGUAUCUCGGUGAGCAUGUAUGAGUGUAGUACGAGCAUUUGGUCCGUAGUGAAUGAUUUGUAUAAUUAAAUAUACAUAUAAGUAUAAUACGGUAAUGUGCCGUGAACACGGAGAGGGAAGAAAACUCAUGGACAGAGAAUCGAGUAAAAGUCGCGCAACGAUGUUCGCCCGUUCGGGAAAGUAUGCGAGUAAAAAAGAAGUCCGGCUUGAAAUCGAUGAAAUUAAGCGGGACGUCAUAGAUAUUUAAGCGCAUAAUUGCGAAGAUACGCGGUUUCUGUUCCUCUUUUUUUUUUAUUGUACAUGUAUAUGUUCUCUUUCUCCCACGUGAUAACGCCUAUCGCAAGGUAAGAGAAAAAUGUUAACGCAGAGAACGGAGGCGUAUAAAUAUUUAAGAUGUGUAUUAUUUUAUACGCGAUUAAUUUUGUUUUUAUAAAUAUAUUUUAUUUGUCAGCACAUACACACACGAUCUGUUUAUUCCUGGUUUCUAUAUCAGUUCCUUUAUUUUCAUUUUCUCCGCUCACUACUUCCAUUCAGUCGACGACAUCGUUGAGUUUAACGCGUUACCUGACGUGAGUCAGCAACAACAUUGUCCGCUGUUCAACAAUUAUUCAACGAAAAUCCUUGGUUUAACGUAAAAUAUUUACGUGAUCAACGAGUAGAAGCAAACAAAUGCAACUCCAUCAUCCUGCAUAGAUAUCUUAUCAAUCACUUAUCAUCAGAUUGUUUACCACCUGACUCACGUCGAGUUAAACAUCGGUUAUUCCUUGUAACAAUGACACAUCUUCGACCAGAUUAUUUUUGAGAUACUUGUCGAUGGUUUCAUACAGAGAAAACAGUUAUUGUUUUCGUUUAACGUUACGUCACACUACCUUAGUACUCGGGACCGUUAUAUUAAUUUAUCAACGCGAUCUAGCAUGCUAGUUGCUUUAGACAUUAAUUUUCCUUGAGUUACAGAAAGUGCGCAAUACGAUACGAAAAAAUCACGAUAAAUCGUUGUUGCAAAUUAAGUAUAACUUCACUCACGAUCUUUUUAUAUCCAGUGGUAUCUGAAGCUUUGACGUUCGCUACGUUUCGAUGAGCCGGUACACACUCUUGUCUCGCGGAUCUCUCGCCGGAGUUAAUUGUAAGCGUAAAACCCUCUCGGGAUCGAACUCGCGCUCGCGUUAAGAUAACACGGGUUCCGUCAGUUUCGCGCGGUCGUUUUCCACGGGAUGCACGUUCCGUUGUUCAGUCAAUUUUCGUUUAACGCCGUGGCGCACGGGCGUGCGUGACUCCGUGAGAUAAUCCCGAUCCGAUCGCGGGGAGAGGAUCCCAUCGCGCGUCAUCGGCUCGUCCGCGCGGCGCGUUCCGCGUUCUCGUCGACGCCUCCGAAACCCCCGUCGUGUAAUAUUCCUCCCCCGACGCCAGCCUCUCGUCGCGCACACGUAAACCUUGGGCAUUCUGUAAUUUAGUAAAUUGUUGCGGACUCGGCGCGGCGGAAUCGUUCGGCUCGCGAAACGACUCGCCUCGCGCGGCUCUCGAGAGCACGAUUUCGCGAGAACGAGCGGCCGCGGGCCAUUUAGACGGAUCGAACCGGGCGCGAUCAACGCGGUGUUCCAUUCGAUCGGGUCGAGUCGAGAUCGCGGGUCGACACGUUUCGCAGGACGAUGGUCGGUUUUCGGCACCCGUUGUAUAAACGGGCCGAUUUUGUGGGCAUUCAUAUUCGACGUUCGUCGAAGAACUGAAGUGUAAGGCGCCAGUUUGGCGGACGUUUUGUUCUGCGUAUUCGCGGCAGGUCCCAUCAUUGUUAGACUUAGGCAACAUCUACCUGAUCACGAAGCAAUAUAUUGAAUGCGAUCUAUCUACGAUUUAUUAAGGUGGAUGGUAGGAUGAGAUUUGACAGAGAGUAUACCAAAAAUGAGGGAGGAAGGAGGAAACGUUGGUGAGAAGUAGCUGGGAGGAGAUAAGGGAACGGAAGAUAAAUCGAGAGUAAAACGAUGUUAGGUGUAGUCCACUAUAUUGUACUAUGCGUCUCCUAGCUAAAUUUUUAUGUUUUCUAAUUCGUUGUGAACGAAUGUUUUUUGGUAUAAAUAUAUAAAUAAAUGAAUCUAUAUAUAUAUAAAUAUAUAUAUUUAAAUUCUAGGAUAUUAAUUGUAAGUGGUAAGCAAGCCAAUCAACGAGCUGCGUGGCGGCCGCGAUUCAUCGUCUCGCGUUCGUAGUUCGUCGACUCAUUCGAUAAAAUUUUGAACGUCGACGCGCAACCGAUCAGACAAUCGAGGUCUACAAAAAAGUAUCCGCGUUUCCAAAUUUCUACAGCGGUCCUCCGGUCGUCGGCGCGCAAAGUAAAUCAUUUCAAAGAAAGUUUCAACGUACUCAAAGUGUUCUUCACGGUGAGAAUUCACGUGUCAUGAGCGAGUAGCGAAAUUUCAUAAAAGGACACUCAAUCUAUAAUAGACAUACCCAUAAUAAGGGAUACGAAGUAUCAUUUCUCGACUCGGAUCGCGGAGGUGAUCCGAGCUCGAGGUGGAAUCUUUGCGCGCACGAUUAUCGAGUUCUGCGUCGGAGAGAAUUUAACAAGGUAGAAAGUGGUGCAAAGCUUCGAUAUACAUAAUAAAGUGUACACUUGGUAUACAGCUCGUUGCCAGAGAACGUCACCGUAAGCCAUCCAGUCGCGAUUCGAAGAUGAUAAAUCGAUCAGUGCGCAGAUUAAAAAAGAAAUGGUCGAAACGAAGUGCUUAGCCCGAUUCUACCGUCGGUUUAUUUAUAUAAGAAAGAAGUAAAAACGUGUAAUUGUUCUCCCGUAAGGAGCUCACUGCCGCCACGAGACGAAGGGAAAUAUUGUAAGAUGAAGCAGAAUAAAAAAAAAAAAAAGAGAAAAGGUAAAAACGAUAGAAA